GCAGCGCCUUUGUUCGCUCUCUCAUUGCGCAGUUGCAGGUCGGUGUGCGAGGCCGGGGACGGGAGAGGAGGUCCUAGAGUCAAAAUGGUUGAAGCGGAUCGUCCUGGGAAACUGUUCAUUGGUGGACUGAAUACAGAGACAAAUGAGAAAGCUCUUGAGGCUGUAUUUGGCAAAUAUGGGCGCAUUGUGGAAGUUCUCUUGAUGAAGGAUCGUGAAACCAACAAGUCCAGAGGAUUUGCUUUUGUCACAUUUGAGAGCCCAGCAGAUGCAAAGGAUGCUGCCAGGGAUAUGAAUGGAAAGUCAUUAGAUGGGAAAGCAAUUAAAGUGGAACAAGCAACCAAGCCAUCCUUUGAAAGUGGUGGUAGACGUGGGCCACCACCCCCUCCAAGAAGCAGAGGUCCUCCCAGGGGCCUUAGAGGUGGAAGAGGCGGAAGUGGAGCAAGAGGACCACCUUCAAGAGGGAGUCACUUGGGUUCUUCUAGGGGGCCACUUCCAAUGAAAAGGGGUCCACCUCCACGAAGUGGCGGACCUCCACCUAAAAGAUCGGCACCUUCAGGGCCAGUGCGUAGCAGUAGUGGAAUGGGAGGGAGAGCUCCUGUAUCACGUGGAAGAGACAGUUAUGGUGGUCCUCCACGCAGAGAGCCAAUGCCAUCACGAAGAGAUGUCUACAUGUCGCCAAGAGAUGAUGGUUAUAGUACAAAAGACAGUUAUUCGAGUAGAGAUUAUCCAAGUUCCAGGGAUACAAGAGAUUAUGCGCCGCCUCCAAGAGAUUAUGCAUACCGUGAUUAUGGUCAUUCCAGCUCACGUGAUGAGUACCCCUCUAGAGGAUACAGUUUUUCUUCUUAUAGUGAUCGUGAUGGCUAUGGUGGUGGACGGGAUAGAGACUAUUCAGAUCAUCCAAGUGGAGGCUCUUACAGAGAUUCAUAUGAGAGUUAUGGUAACUCACGUAGUGCUCCACCUGCACGAGGGCCCCCGCCAUCUUAUGGUGGAAGCAGUCGCUAUGAUGAUUACGGCAGUACACGAGAUGGAUAUGGAAGUCGAGAAAGUUAUUCAAGCAGCAGAAGUGAUGUCUACUCAAGUGGUCGUGAUCGUGUUGGAAGACAAGACAGAGGUCUUCCCCCUUCCAUGGAAAGGGGUUACCCUCCUCCCCGUGAUUCAUACAGCAGUUCAAGCCGCGGAGCACCCAGAGGUGGUGGCCGUGGAGGAAGCCGAUCUGAUAGGGGUGGAGGCAGAAGCAGAUACUGAAAAACAAUCAUAAACUUUUGGACCAAGACAGAUUACUUCUCACAAACCCAAGUGGAAGUUGUUCUAUCUUUACUAUCAGAGGACUACUAAAAGGAAAAGUUGUUCUUACCUUUUUUUAUUGUUGCCUGUUAAGUUUCCCCUCCAUGAUUUUUAUGCUUUUGUGAGGAAAAGUUAAAAAAAUGUUUAAUUUCAUUUCAAAAUUGUUAACAUUUCUUUCAAAAAGCAGAUGUUAAAUGUAUAAAAGUUGAGCUGUGUACUAGUGUUGUAACUUUCAAAGUAAAAGUUUCCCUGAAAUUCCACACUUCCCAUCUGAUUUUCCUCAUGAAUGGAACAAGCAGUUCUAAGAUCUUCCACACAACAUCUAGCCAUCUAAAAUGGAGAUGGAUCGUUCUACACAUUCAAACUCUCAUUCUAAACAAAUUAGUUACUUGUGUGGAGGGUGGUGGGGAUGUGCCACACUAUAAUUUCAGUUUCCUCUUGGUUCUGAAAUCACACAAUAUUCCCAGUUCAAAAUUUCUUCAGAUCCUUGUGUAAAGAAAAAAUAAGGAUUCCAUUCAGUCACUAAACCAGAAACAGCAAAUGGAUAAUGCUGACCAUACUUUGCCUUCCUACUGUUUUGCUGGGAAUUUGCAAGGACCUCUCCCCCAAAAUAAACCAUUUACAUGUAAUAAGUCAACUACAGAAUACUGUAAAUAAAAGGUUUGACCAAUUCCAUCAAAGAAGCUACAAAACGAUGCUUACUCAUACUGUUUCAAAUUUUUGCAACUCUGUGUAGUGUCUCACUUUUAAAGGAACAUCUUUGAUUCCAAAGGCAAAUGGAGAAAAUAAGAUAAGCAAAGAAGUCUUUCUCUCCAACUUCUCAAAGGCUUAUGACUUCAUAAAAACAAGUGAAUCUUUCAGCAUUCCACAACAGAUUUAAAGCAUCAAAUGCCUGUGAAACAGCAAAGAUGGGUUGAUUACCUUCAAAGGCAUGAUGGUCUGAGUACAGUUCUGACACAUCUGCAUGGAUAAGUGACAGCAGCUGUAACAGAAGGAAAGUUACAGAGUGACUGGAAGAAAGCGAUGGAACAAUGGAUGCAUAUUGGGAAAUCAAAGGAUAACUAGUGCAACACAGAUUUUAACCACCUCUAAAAGUGGUCUUGGCCACAUUCAGCAUGUGCAGAUGUUAAUGUUCGCUUUGAAGAAAAAGUUAAUUACUAUUUUAGAGCUCUUCUUGUUGGAGCAUUGCUGCAUGAAAGGUUACUAAUGGUAACAUCUGAUGGGAGUAUCUCCUUUACAGAUGAAAAGUGUGAAUUAAGUUGCUUUUGUCUGGCUUUUGUAACUGUCCACUUCCAAGAAGUAAGUGUGGGUGUGCCCAUGUUGAUGCUGCAGCAGAACAAACAUUCUUGAGCUACUUUUAGGCCUUGUCUACACUGCAGUCUUAUCCAGAAAAGGCAGCCUUUGUCUGCAAAACUGUGGAGGUGUAUACACUGCAGUGCCACUUUUGGUGGCAAAGUUAAAGCAACAGUGUCAGUGUAGAUGCUGCUGUUCAUUAGAUCGCCAGUAUUGGCCUCCCCCAGUAUCUUAUCAGUGCCCAUGGUGACUGAUCUGCUCACUGUUUGGAAUUCUCCUGCCCUGCAUGCAUGUGCCCCUCCCCUUUCAGAGCUCCAGGAAUUUCUGACAGUUAAGCUCCAGCAGCAAAGAGUAAAUCAUUAAUGUGGAAUGCUGCUGUCUUCUGUGCUAGGAACAUAGAGGCAGGUGUGUAUGUAUGAGAAAUUGCUGUGCAGAGCCAGGUGGGAGCUGAUGUAUGCAUGGAGGGAAGAGGGAGGGUUUCCCUGCCUCAGGACUGUCUGAUUCCAGCAGCUGUCUGAAUUUAAAGAUAACCCAUCUAUACACACUCCCGCGUCCCCCCAUACACUUCAGUUAAAAAGCAGAUGGCAGUCUAGUAGAGUGGCCAAGGAACCAUGAGCUUGAGAAACCUGCAUCAUGUGAUGCUGCUCUGUACCUGACCCAUGAGACCUUGCAAAUCCUUCCUAAAGCACCCUGUGGCUAGUUGCACAGUGGGAUAGCUACCCACAGUGCAGUGCUCUCUCUCGAUACAAGAGCGGCCAGUGUGGAUGUGCUCCAGUGGCACGAGCAUAGUGUGGACACGCAAUAGUGGUUUAAUUGAAGUGGCAUAACUUCAUUGAUAAAACUCUGUAGUGUAGAUAGCCUUAGUGAACAGUUUGCAGAAACUGUCCCUCUGAGUGAAAAUAGAAUGACAAGUCACUUAAGCAAAAGCAACUGCCCACUCACAAUAGGGGGAGGACGUGCAAGCACAAGAACAUUUUUGUUUCAGGGUAUUCUGCAUAAGCAACUUAAUUUUCCAACCUUUAGAUCUUUUUGGGGGGUAAGAGACCGGAGAGUUCUUCCAUACUACAUGCCACAAUAUGACCUAUGAGUUAUGGUGGCGGUUUUGUAGGGAGUUGUCUACCACCUAACAUAAAAUGCAUUUGUCCUCUAAAGUGAAUUUUUUGGACAUUGCAAGAGAGCAGAAAUAGAUUUUUCCCUUUUGGGUCAGAGAAAAUAUUCAUAAACCUAAAAUGAGGUGUAGAGGACUUCUGGGGAAUGUUCAAAUCCAUCCUUGGAGUUAUCAGUACCCUUGUACCAGCUAGCAUCUUUCAUAAAUGAUGUGAACCUUCUAAGAUAGAGCUAAUUAGUUUGUAUGGAAUCUUGUCUUUUAAGUACAUCUCCAGGUUGUCUCUAUUGCAUUUGUAUUCUGUAUUACGUAAGUUUAUUGCUUAUUUUGCCAAUAUAUGGUAGAAGUGAAAUCCAGUUUUCAAGCAUCAAAAAUUCUAAUGCAAUCCCUCAUCUUUCUCAUUUGUGAAAAUGCAGUGUCAUGGUUAAUAAACUUUACAUUGACUGAA